AUGGCAGACAGCCAACAGGUUCACGCUGUUCCCCCCAUAACCUCCUCCCUCCCCAACUCCCCCAACCCCCAGCCCAGGGUCGAAGAUGACAUCUGCGACUACUUCGGGGUGAAGGUGGCCAUGUACUUCGCCUGGCUGGGGUUCUACACCACCUCCAUGCUGUACCCCGCCGUCAUCGGCUUUGUGCUGUGGAUGCUCACCGAGUCAGACCAGACGAGCCGGGACAUCUGCUCGGUGGUGUUUGCGCUGUUCAACGUGGUGUGGGCCACGCUGUUCCUGGAGCGCUGGAAGAGGAGGGGCUCGGAGCUGGCCUACAAGUGGGGGACGCUGGACAGCCCGGCCGAGUGCCUGGAGGAGCCUCGGCCGCAGUUCAGGGGGGUGAAGCGCUGCAGCCCCGUCACCGGCUGUGAGGAGUACUUCUACCCCCCGUGGCGGCGGCUGUUGUUCAGGUGGCUGGUCAGCCUGCCCGUCUGCCUGCUCUGCCUCUGCGUCGUCUUCCUGGCCAUGCUGGUCUGCUUCGAGCUGCAGGAGUUUGUGAUGGGGAUCAAAGAAAUGCCAAGGCUAGCCCGCUUCAUCCCAAAGAUCAUGCUGGCCAUCACUGUGAGCGCGUGUGACGAAGUGUACAGGAAGAUAGCCUUCUGGCUCAACGACAUGGAAAACUACAGACUCCAGAGUGCCUAUGAGAAACAUCUCAUCAUCAAAAUGGUUCUUUUUCAGUUUGUAAAUUCUUAUCUUAGCCUUUUCUACAUCGGGUUCUACCUCAAAGACAUGGAGCGUCUGAAAGAGAUGCUGGCCACCCUUCUCAUCAUCCGCCAGUUCCUCCAGAACGUGAAGGAGGUGCUGCAGCCUUACUUGUACGAGCGCCAGAAGCUGUACGACCUCACCCCACGGGCCCUGUGGGAGCUCUUCUCCUCAGCGCUGCUCAAGUACGCCCGGCUGGCCGCAGGAAAGCCCCAGGCUUCUCCCAGCGACCAGGCCGCACUGGGCCCCGGCCUCAGGGGCCAGAGAGCGGGCCAGGGACAAGCAGAAAGAAGGGAGAAGAAGUGUCUGAACGGGGGCUGCGGGGUCCCGGACGAGGAGGAGGGGGGCGCGGACCGGGACGAGGCAGACAGCGGGCGCUUCAGCGAGGGGGAGACGGAGGAGGAGAGCCUGAUGGACUGCGGGCUGAAGCUCAGGAAGGUCAGCUUCAUCGAGAAGGUGGAGCGGCGGGCCUGCAGCGGCCCCCCCAUCGACGACAGCUUCCUGGAGGAGGGCAGCCCCACCAUGGUGGAGCAGGGCAUGGCCUCCGUCUUCCAGAUGUGCGACGACGACGACGACAACGGCGUCCAUGACAUCAAGGAGCCGCACCACGCCGGGGGGGGCGGGUCCACGACGGGGGCGGGGGCGGGGGCGGGGGGGGCGGAGCACGGCGGGGCGCGGCAGAGGAAGCAGGGGCGGGGGGGCCCGGAGAGGGCGGAGCCGAGGGCCAAGCGGGAGUCGUGGAUCGACCCCCCGGAGGAGCGGGAGAACAAGACGCUGACGCAGGCGGAGGUGGAGAGCUGCAUGCAGACCUACGAGGACACGUUCGGGGACUACCAGGAGAUGUUCGUCCAGUUCGGCUACGUGGUGCUGUUCUCCUCGGCCUUCCCGCUGGCCGCGCUGUGCGCGCUCAUCAACAACAUCAUCGAGAUCCGCAGCGACGCCUUCAAGCUCUGCAGCGGCCUGCAGAGGCCCUUCGGCCAGAGGGUGGAGUGCAUCGGCCAAUGGCAGACGGCCAUGGAGGCCAUGGGUCUGAUCGCCAUCAUCGUCAACUGUUACCUGAUUGGACAGUGCGGCCAGCUCCAGCGCCUCUUCCCCUGGCUCAGCCCCGAGAUGGCCAUCAUCUCCAUCGUCAUCCUGGAGCACUUUGCGGUCCUGCUGAAGUACAUCAUCCACGUGUCCAUCCCUGAUAUUCCCAACUGGGUGGAGGAGGAGAUGGCCAAGCUGGAGUACCAGCGCAGAGAGGCCUUCAAGAAGCACGAGCGGCAGGCGCAGCAGCACUACCAGCAGCUGCAGCGGCGCAAGCGCGAGGAGGAGGAGCGGCAGCGGCAGGCGGAGCACGCUGCCCGCCGCGAGAGGGAGCGCGGCGAGGGCAAGGGGGGGGACGGCGCCUCCGGGGGCGGCGGCGGCGGAGGCGGGGGGGACCACCACCACGACAAGUCCCACGGCAGCAAGUCCCGCUCCUCCGGCGGGGGCGGGGCCAGUGGAGGAGGCAGCGGAGGAGGCGGCGGGAGCGGCGAGAAGCCCAAGCGACCCAGCUCGCUGCUGGCCAACAACAACGUGAUGAAGCUCAAGCAGAUCAUGCCGCUGCAGGGCAAGUUCUCGUCGGGCGCCGGUGCCCGCUCGCCCCAGUCGCCCACGGGCGCCGAGCCCAAGCUGCCGGGCUUCCUGAGCUUCAAGUUCCUCAAGUCGCCUGAGAACAGGAAGGAGGCCACCGCCGCCGCCACGACGUCUUCCUCUUCGUCGUCGUCCUCGGUGCACGGGAGCGGCUCCCAGGAGCGCUCCCAGUCGCCCAGCAAGGCCUUCAACCCCGGAAAACUCUUUAACUUCGGGAAGACGGAGGGCGGGGCCUGUGUGAACGGAGGCUCCUCCUCCUCCGACGGCGGCCGGCUGCCGUCCCGGGCGGACUUGAACGGCGUGCCGGACGAGAUCCCGGCGCCGGGGUGCAACGGGGGGCCGGAGAACGGCCACCCCUCCUCCGACCCGGACCACAAAGCCUAG